AUGCGAUUCUCAACAAGCACCAUCCUGGUCACCGCGCUGGGGUGGAUCACCGCCGCGACCGCACACACCAUCCAGCUCAAGGCUCACUCACGAGAAUGCUUCCACGAGUCUCUACACCGCGACGAUGUCAUGACUGUUACUUUCCAAGUUGGAGAUCGGGAGUUUGGAGGGAGUGGAAACCUCGAGGUUGAUUUCUGGGUCGAGGAUCCCCUGAGAAACCGCCAAUACUUCAAGCAAGCCGUGGCCUCCGACGACUACUCCUUUACCGCACAGGCCGAUGGCAAGUAUAACUACUGCUUUAGCAACGAAGGUUGGACCUCGAACUCCAAGGAGGUCUCCUUCAACGUCCACGGAAUUGUCUAUGUGCCCGAGCACGAGAUGGCACAGGAUCCUCUCGAGGUGGAAGUUCGCAAGCUCUCCGAGGCGCUGACGCAGGUGAAGGAUGAGCAGUCUUACAUUGUCGUGCGCGAGCGGGUACACCGCAAUACUGCAGAGAGCACCAACGGCCGUGUGAAAUGGUGGAGUAUGUUUCAGCUGAUGGUUGUCAUUGCUGAGGGUGUGUUCCAGGUGUGGUGGCUUAAGAGAUUCUUCGAGGUCAAGCGUGUGGUCUGA